GCGUGGCCCGGGUGUCUGGGGCUUGGCAAGCCACAAGUGGGAGAGGCUAUGACAGCCCAGCUUUCGGGUCCUGGGUCCUGAGAGACGAACGAGUCGCGAGGUUAGCGCUGUUGGGAAACGUUCAGGUUUUGAGGUUUCUGCAAAUUAUUUGGCAACUGACAGAGAUUUCAAGCUAGAGAUGGCGGUGAUGAAUAGCUUGAGGGUCAUUCUUCAAGCCUCUACAUGCAAAUCACCGUGGAGAAGGUUCCAAAUUCUGAGGUUCAUGCCAGUGAGGCCCUGCAGUCUCUACACAUGCACUUAUAAAAGCCGGAACAGAGCCUUGCAUCCACUCUGGGAGAGUGUGGACUUGGUCCCUGGGGGUGAUCGACAGUCGCCCAUCAACAUCCGGUGGAAGGACAGUGUUUAUGACCCUGGCUUAAAACCACUCACCAUCUCUUAUGACCCAGCCACCUGUCUCCAUGUCUGGAAUAAUGGGUACUCUUUCCUUGUGGAAUUUGAAGAUUCUACGGACAAAUCAGGUGAGAUGAUCGAAGGAGGACCCCUGGAACACAACUAUAGACUGAAGCAGUUCCAUUUUCACUGGGGGGCAAUCGAUGCCUGGGGCUCUGAGCACACUGUGGACAGCAAAUGCUACCCAGCAGAGCUGCACUUGGUACAUUGGAAUGCAGUCAAGUUUGAAACCUUUGAGGAUGCAGCACUGGAAGAAAAUGGUUUGGCUGUGAUAGGAGUAUUUUUAAAGCUAGGCAAACAUCAUAAAGAGCUACAGAAGUUGGUAAAUACUUUGCCAUCAAUUAAGCAUAAGGACACCCUUAUGGAAUUUGGGUCAUUUGACCCUUCCUGCCUAAUGCCUGCCUGCCCAGAUUACUGGACCUACUCCGGGUCUUUGACUACCCCGCCACUCUCUGAGUCUGUCAUCUGGAUCAUUAAGAAGCAGCCAGUAGAGGUUGAUCACGAUCAGCUUGAGCAAUUUCGGACCCUGCUUUUCACUUCUGAGGGGGAGAAAGAGAAAAGAAUGGUGGACAACUUCCGCCCCCUUCAGCCCCUGAUGAAUCGCACUGUCCGCUCAUCCUUCCGCCAUGAUUACGUGUUGAAUAUACAAAAGAACCCCAAGAAAGUUGCCAGCCAAGUGACUCCCUAGGAUGUUCAUAUCUAGGCAAUACUUUGCUUCAAUACGUAUUAGCUUUAAAAAAUUAUUAACUAGACUAUUUUAAGUGCCUGCAUUUAAUAUUUAUAUAUAUAUACAUUUCUUUCUUCUGCAUUUCAAAGUUACUAUCUUUGUAAGGCAGGGACAGGGAGACAGAACAAUAGAAAAAUAACUGAUUGGUUAAUAUUGGGUUACUUUAGGUUACAAUUUUUUUGUGAAAGGAUUAAGGCAGUGGGAACUUCAUUACUAGGCCAAAUGAAACUGGCCUGUUUGGGAAAUUUGGCUAUUAUCUCUCGAAUCCUGAUUUCUCAGAAAGUGAGAUAAACAGUUUUGUUUCUGCUUGGUCAAGUGGAACUUUAGUAUGAGUGAUUUCAUUUUGAUUUUUAGCCUGGUUUGUUGGGGAGGAGCUUAAUCCAAAACAAUGGCCUCCUAUAAUUUUUGUUGAGCAAUUUCCCCCUUUUAGUCAGACUUUCACCACCUUUGGGCAUUAGUGCUAUUCUUAGUUACCAUCAUCUUGGUCUUCUGGUCUCAACAUGUCACUCAUAGGUUAGAUGUGCGUUUAUAGGUAUGAGAGUAUUUCAUAAAUCUUUAAGAAAUGCUCUUUGGUAAACAAGUUAUUUGGUUGAUAACAUACAUACAAUGGGAUAUUAUGUUACCUUUAAAAGAAGAAAAUCCUGUCACAUAUAUAAUGUGGAUGAACCUUGAAUACAUUAUGCCAAGUGAAAUAAGCUAGUCACAGAAAGGCUCUGCAUGAUUCCACUCGUAUGAAGUAUCUAAAGUCAUCAAAGUUAGUGGAAAGGUGGUUGCCAAGAGCUGCAGGGAGAGGGGUUAGGAAUUCAUGCUUAGUAGAUCUAGAGUUUCAGUGUUGCAAGAUAAAAGAGUUUCAGAGAUAUGUUGAAUGUAAAUAUAAGUAACACUAUUGAACUGGACACUUAAAAAUGCUUAAGAUGGUAAAUUAAAAAAAAAUGAUUAAGAUGGUAAAUUUUAUGUGUAUUUAACCACAGUUAGAAGUAAACAAUAAAUUCAGUAGGAAAAAGAUGGAUAGAAUUGGAGUUAUAUAUUCAAAUUUGAAGGACAUCUCUUCUCUAAGCAAAGGAGGGUGGUGAAGGCUUUUGCAUGUUGCUUUAGAAAAUGCAUAAAAUUCUUAAAAAGAUAAACAUGGAGGGAUGGGGAUGUGUCUCAGUGGUAGAAUGCUUGCCUAGCUUGUGCCCUGGGUUCAAACCCCAGCACUGCAAGAAAAAAAAAGAUGAACAUGGUAUAAAAAAUGUUAAGUUAGCUUUAUGCAAUUCAUCUGUUUCAAACUAUAGUUACCUUUUGUUAUGGUUUGGAUCUGAAAUGUACCCCCCGCCACCUUGUGCUCACAUGUUGAAAGCUUGGUCCCUAAUUCAGCAGUGUUCAGAGGUGGGCCUUUGAGAGGCGAUUGGAUCAUGAGGGCUCUGACCUCAUUAAUGGAUGAAUUCAUUUGUGGAUUGAGAGCUUAAUGGGCUUGAGGGGAAGGGCUUUCUUAUAAAAAUGAGCUCUCCUCUCUGCUCUCUGACCACCAUGAGGUGAGCAGCUUUGCUCUACCAUGUAUUCCCUAUCAUCAUGUUCUGCCUGGCCACAGGCCUAGAUUCCAUGGAGCCAGUUGGCCAUGAACUGAAACCUCUGAAACUGGGAGCCAGAAUUAAUCUUUCUCCUUUAAGUUGAUUUUUUUCAGGUAUUUUGUUAGAGUGAUGGAAAGUUGACUUAUAUGCCUCUCAAAGGGUAAACACAAGCUGUGCAUUUUCCAGGCUACACAGACUUUCCUCCUAACCUCUUAGAAACUCUUAGUGGAAAACUCUAUUGUGUUAAGUCUGCCAUUUUGGAGCAAGAAUCGAGGUACCAAAUGACUGACUUACCCUUAUGUCUCAGAGACAAAAAGGAUGUAUUUAUAACUGUGUAUUCUGGUUUAUAAUUCCUGAUUUACUUAUACCUGUAUUCUGAUGUAAUUAUAAUGGCACCCCCUUUCUCAACCAUACUCUGGUUUACAUGAUAAAUUUGCAGUCACCUUCCCUAUAGAGGUUAUGGAACCUGCUUUGAGGUUAUGGUUCCUUCCAUCUUGUCUGUUAUGAUUCUCCAAGGGUCACUAUAGAUCUCCUGGCUACUGAUAUACCUUAGCAAGAAACUUUUUGUCUUUUAUGCCUUCAAAAGUGAUACCUUCCUAAAUGUAAAGAUGGAAAGUGGGUCUAAGAUCUGUCAAAGAUCUUGAGAAGGAGUUUUGUAUUAAAAGUGCUGCUCAUCUUCAUUAAAUAAUCUUUUUACAA